CGUCCGGAAGUGGCCCGCGUGCUGCUUGUGCCAUGGAGGAGAAGGUGCUGCGAUACGAAGCUUUCGUGACCGACACCCUGCAGCGAGACCUGAGGAGAGUGUUGGAGAACCGGGACAGCGUCUACGAGAAGAUCAGCCAGUACUUGCAGCUGAAGAACGUCAUUGAGAGGUUGCAGGAAUUAGACUCUGGACCUUUAAAUACACAAGUGGAUUUGGGCUGUAACUUCUAUGUGAACGCGGAAGUUCCUGACUCAUCGAAGAUAUUCCUGGCUUUGGGUUUUGGAUUUUUUGCAGAACUGACGCUGGAUGAAGCUCUAAAAUUUAUUGAAAGAAAGAACAAAAUGCUGACUCAAAUUAGUGAAAAUCUGACCAAAGAUGCUGCAAAUAUUAAGGCCCAUAUCAGACUGGUCCUAGAGGGUCUGCGGGAAUUACAAGAGUUGCCUAAUGAGUGAGCCAGGACCAUAACAACAAGGGAUCAGAAGUCUUAUCCCCUCGUGUCAUUUUGCUGGAUGAUGGCGAUCUCCCCGCAGGAACUGAGGAGGCCCCUUUAUGAGUGUGUUUGUUUACAGUCCGUUUACAAGUCCAGUACUUCUGUUGUAUUUUCUCUAGAGACCUGUGUUGCAGGGUAAUAAAUUCAAGAUAAACCAGGAUGUGGUUGGCUUGAUGGUACUUUUCAAAGAG